UAAAAGUCAGAUGUUGCUCAUAGCUGAAGGAAAACCUACAGCGUUGCUCUGGUUGAGGCUCUCGUGAGCGCAGCGUCUGUGGAAGCACUGGGAGCAAUCUGAACUACAGAAUCAUCAAGCAGAAGUAAUGGCGCCCUGCGGCCUCUCGUCUCGUUGAGCAUCAGCAGCCACACGCGGGGGGCAGGAAUGAUCUACCUGGCUCACACAGCUCACCGCCAGUUCCUGGGUCUUGUGUUGGGCUUCCUGGCGUGGCUCUUCAUCAUGACGACCACCGGCAUCAACGAGUGGCGGCUCUGGUACGUGGACGACGUGUCCGUCGUCACGUCGGGCGUGGCCUGGGUGGGGAUCUGGAGGGCGUGCUUUUACAGCCACGUCCUCCCAGAGGCCGAGUACUGUCGCAGCAUCGGCAUCUCGGACAGCUUCGCCCCUGCCGAGAUCCCCUCGGCUCAGGUCCUGAUGAUGCUGGCGGUGAUCACCGGCCUGCUGGGGAACGUCAGCGCGGCGGUGGCCGUGAGGUUCGCCUACUUCUCGGUGGAAGACCGCAGGAACAUGAGGCUGAGCUUCGUGAUUGCCGGGGCUCUCUACUCGGUCACGGCGGUGUUGUCCUUGGUGCCUCUGGUGUGGAACAUGACCGCCGUUCUGAACAACAGCACCAUAGACUUUCCUCCGGAGUUCAACCUGCCUGUUGCUCCGGUCCGGCAGAGUGUGGGAGCAGCCAUCGGGAUGGGAAUGCUUGCUUCCAUCCUGAUGCUUACAAGCGGAGUGAUUUUCUUCUGCUACAGGCAUUCAUCGCAAACCGCGGACCCGCUCAGCGGCCACUGGACGGUACCAACACUGCCGAAGAAGUCUGAGCUGCCCAACGGUGACCGUCAAGCGAUGGAUAACCCGGGGUUCUACAGUGAAGAAAGAUUGUGAUGGUUCUACAUAUUUUUCCUGCAUUAACAAACACGUAUAUUUUGAGAACGUUUCCGAACUACAAAGCAGCCACAUGUUGCUUUGUAGCCCGUAUGUUAAAGAUCAAAACAUUCCUCCGGAAUGGCAGGUAUUGCAAAAACUCAACAAAGACGACAGCAGAAAUCACCCUGAUGAACGUCAUCUCGUGUGCUACAUACUCUGUGUGACAGGAAUCCAAAUCAAUAUAACCAUCAAUAACUAGAUUAUUCAAUGUUUUUGUAGGAGACAAUAUUUUAAAUGUUAUCUCCGUCUAAGCUGACAUGGCCGUCUCGUUUCCAGUGGUCUUUCACAAAUGCCACCUGACCCUGAUUUGUCAAGCUAGUGGCUCCUGAAGACCAGUAACGGUCUGCUGGUGUCUGGAACCAGACUGGUUGGAGAGGAUACUCUGAACCCUGGAAGAACACAGACGAGACCUCUGUGAACCCGAUUCAUCUCUAAAGUACAUCCUGCAUGCAACGUCUGGCAGAAAUAUUCUCAGACUUUUAACCUUUAUAGAUUUUUUUUUUACUCUAAAACCACAAACUUCAGUGUAAUGUCUCGCUACUGUAUCUGACAGCAUGAAUGCUUAGUGUUCCAAUAAGUUCUCAGAGGUGUUUUUAGAGAACAAAUCCUGGAAGAUCUAAUAAAUUUGGCAAAAAGACUUUGUUUUGAGAUUGUUGCGGAUCCUCUAGCACCGAACAAAAAUCAGCCACCUUUACAAUGUAAUUGUUCAGAUCGAAGCAUUUUGACAUCUUAAAACAGCCAAAACACCUGCAACACAAUCAAACAAUCGAUUUAAUUACAGGGUAUUUUUCCUACACAACAGCAACACAAAGGGAUUUCCACAGGGCGAUAUUUGGAGGUUGUAGAAAACAAACAAAAAAAACAACAAACAAAUAAUGAGCUCGUCAAGGCUAAGCACGAAAAAAAAAA